GCAGGCGGGCAGAGGGACGGCCGAACUCGCGCCUGCACCCUCCUCCGGCCGCAGACAAGGCAGGGAUCCAGAAGCCUGGCUCUUGAAUGGUUGACAGGUAAACCCCAAGGGACACAGCUGAGCAGGAGCCAUGUCAGUGCCAUUCCGGAAAGAGCUGGAGAAAUACAAGAACAUCAACGAAGAUGAAAUUCUCAGCAAGCUCUCCGAAGAAGAACUGAAACAGCUGGAGAACGUUCUUGAUGACUUGGAUCCGGAGAAUGCCCUUCUGCCAGCGGGCUUCCGACAGAAGGAUCAGACAAGAAAAGGUGCUACGGGACCUUUCGACAGAGAGCGGCUCUUGUCCUACCUGGAGAAACAAGCACUGGAGCACCAAGAUAGAGAAGACGUUGUACCUUUUACUGGAGAAAAGAAAGGAAAAGUGUUUAUCCCUAAAGAAAGACCAAUAGAAACCCACACAGAGGAGAAGGUGACUCUGGAUCCCGAAUUAGAAGAAGCCCUGGCCAGCGCCUCUGAUACUGAGCUCUAUGAUAUAGCAGCUGUCCUCGGAGUGCACAACUUGGUCAACAACCCAAAGUUCGAUGAGGGAACCACCACUAAAGAUGGCAAAGAAACCGUGAGAAACGUGGUCAAGGGUGAAAAGGUGAAGCCUGUUUUUGAGGAACCGCCUAACCCGACCAACAUCGAAUCCAGUUUGCAGAGGAUGAGGGCCAACGAUCCUACCCUCCUGGAAGUCAAUUUGAAUAACAUCAAGAAUAUCCCAAUUCCAACCCUGAAAGAAUUUGCAAAAGCUUUGGAAACUAAUGCCCAUGUGAUGAAAUUCAGCCUGGCUGCCACACGGAGCAACGACCCUGUUGCAAUUGCUUUUGCAGAUAUGUUAAAAGUGAACAAGACACUGAAAAGUCUAAAUAUAGAAUCCAAUUUCAUAACUGGGACAGGCAUCCUUGCCUUGAUUGAUGCUCUGAAAGGGAAUGAAACACUGACAGAGAUAAAAAUUGACAAUCAGAGGCAACAGCUUGGCACAGCAGUAGAGAUGGAGAUUGCUCAGAUGUUGGAGGAGAACUCGCAGAUCCUCAAAUUCGGGUACCAGUUUACAAAGCAAGGGCCAAGAACCAGGGUAGCAGCAGCCAUCACGAAAAAUAAUGACCUGGUUCGCAAGAAGCGAGUGGAAGGAGAACGUCACUAGCCUUGCUAUGGAGGAUGCGAACACGCUACCCGUUGAAGAGAGCCGUUCCAUCAGCAAAUCUCAGAAAUCCACUGGUUUUAAGGGAAGACACUGGAAAGUCUUUAGAAUGAGGCUGCUCAUGUCCCAUUACCCGAAUCCAUUCCUUCUCCCCUCUUUGAGAAACAAAUCAACCUUACCUGAUUUUCUUUAACAUAUUCACCUAAACUUUUUUGGAUUCAAUUAUGUAAAGCCAAUAGGCAUACCGUGCAGGUCAAAUUGGCUUUUAUGUGGAACUUCUAAAACCACUACAAACCUUCCUUUAGCACCCUCCA